AGGCGCGCCGUGGCGACCCGGCCCGAUCCCGAUCUGGUCUUUAUCCCGACCCCCAUCCCGAACCCGCGGCCCGGCCCGGCCCGGCCCGGCUGCCCUGGCUAUGCUGUCGUGGGGAGCGGCGGGCGGGCGGGCGCUGCGCUGGGCGAACGGGCGGGCAGGGACCCGCGGGCUCCGCGCCUCUCCGCGGGCGCGGGUCGCCAUGCCCAGCUGGGUCAUAGACCGGUACGGCAGCAACGAGGUGCUGCGCUUCACCAGGGAGAUGAUGUUCCCCAUCAUACACUUCCCGAACGAGGUCAUCAUUAAGGUUCACGCUGCGAGCCUGAACCCCAUCGACCUCAGCAUGAGAAGUGGUUAUGGUGCAACUGCGUUAAAUAUGAAGCGGGAUCCCCUGAAACUCAAAGCAGGCGAGACUGAAUUUCCUCUAACGCUUGGUCGAGAUGUCUCUGGUGUUGUUAUGGAAUGUGGACUGGGUGUGUCUUAUUUCAAACCCGGAGAUGAGGUGUGGGCAGCAAUUCCCCCAUGGAAACAAGGCACUCUGUCAGAGUUCGUGGUAGCUAGUGGAAACGAGGUAUCUUUUAAGCCAAAGUCUCUCAGUCACACAGAAGCUGCUGCCUUACCAUAUGUUGGUCUCACUGCGUGGUCUGCACUUAACCAAGUGGGAGGACUGAACCAAAGUAAUUGUAGUGGGAAAAGAAUAUUAAUAUUAGGAGCUUCAGGAGGAGUUGGUACAUUUGCUGUACAGCUAAUGAAGGCCUGGGAUGCUCAUGUGACAGCAGUUUGCUCUCAUGAUGCCAGCACACUGGUGAAAAAGCUUGGAGCAGAUGAUGUGAUUGAUUAUAAAUCUGGAAAUCUGGAAGAUCAGCUUAAAACAUUACCCUUGUUUGAUUUUAUCCUAGAUAAUGUUGGUGGAUCUACAGAGAAGUGGGCACUAGAUCUCUUGAAGAAAUGGUCAGGAGCAACAUAUGUUACUUUAGUGACACCUUUCCUGAUCAAUAUGGACAAACUUGGAGUGGCUGAUGGCAUGUUGCAAACAGGAGUCACUGUUGGUUCCAAAACUCUAAAGCAUCUCCUUAAAGGAGUCCAUUAUCGGUGGGCAUUUUUUAUGCCAAGUGGCCCAAGUUUGGAUGAAAUAGCAGAACUGGUUGAUUCUGGAAAGACACAAGAGUUCUCAUAAGAGGACAGACUAUCCGUUCAGAAGAGUAGGUGUUUGGGAAAAAAGGCAGGAGAGAAUCACUGGAGAAAUUGUACCAAAAUUUCCUAUAAGUAAGUGAAAAUAAAUGUUUGUGUUUGGAUAGGAAAGAAUAAAGGAGAAAUAAAAAAAGCAGAAAGCAAGGAAAUGUAUCAAGAAGCUUGGGGAAGCCAGCAAAUUGAGCUCAUGCAGUUGAACUUGUUACCUUUGAGUGAAUAUUUGACUAAUGCAGGGCUUUUUAAAAAUUUUAGUAUUUUGUAUUAAAGACAUCUUAAUUUUGAGAUUGUAUGAAGUGAGUAAGAGAGCAAUUAGAGAGCUCCUGAAAAUGAGAGGGUUUUUUUUCAGGAAUAAAUUACAUGGGGGAAUUAAAUGUAAGAAAUUAAAGAAAUGAUGGUUUAAAGAUAUGCUACAGUAAGUGAAGCAUUGAAGAGCAUAUCUCUGAAACAUUUACAGAUCAUUUUGAUUUAACAAUGUUUCUCCUUACAGUCCUUCUGCACCAACAGAGAUUUUUAGUUUUGAUAAGUUCAUCAUCUUCCUUUGCCAAAGCAAAAGGAUUCUCAGUCCUUCAGUGGAUGAAGAAUAAGCAAUUUUGUUCAGAUUUCACCUGGAUAAUCUUUGCAGCAAGGAACAGAGAUUUGCAAAA